CGGGAAUGGGCGCAUCGGCAGGAAUGGGCGCAUCGGGGGGAAUGGUCGCAUCGGCGGGGAUAUCGGUGGGAAUGGGCGCAUCAACGGGAAUGGGCGCGUCGGGGAUUGGCACAUCGGGAAUGGGUGCGUCGGGGAUUGGCGAUGCUGGAUUGCUGGGAAUGGUGGGGACAUUGGACGAACGUGUCUUCCUGCUCGAGAUCUCCACUGGCUUGGCCUGACGUGUCCGCUUUGGCACCGGGCUCUCGGUAUCAUCCAUCUCCCCCGCUCCCCGCUUUGAGCCUGA